CAACCCGGAAAUUGACUAAUUGUAAUGGCUGAAUUGUAAAUUUUUGUAGUAAUUUUAUUUCUAGUUGUAGAAUAAACAUUUAAUUAACCGAAGAAUAACGAGGUAUGAAAGAUGUAGACCAUGUGCUAUCCAGACAAUGAUGUCUUCCAGUUUAUUUACAGCAGCCCUGCUUCUGACCUUUAUUUCUAUAACAGGUGGAAGCAUUGAUUUCCCGGUGACUCCAGGUGUGGUAUAUGGUGCUAUUGGUACGAACGUGACAAUAGACUGUGGCCUUACGUUUCCCAGUAAUGAGGAGCUACAGCUACAAGUCUGGUACCACAAUGGAAUAUGGAUUCUACAAACAGGAUUUGAUCGCCAGACAAAAACCAGUGAUACAGCCCCAAAGGGAAAGUUCAGUCUUCUAGAUGACAAGUACACACUCCAUGUACAUUCUGUAGUGUCCUCUGACUCUGGCUUUUACAUUUGCAAGAAAUCAUUCACAAAGAAAGACUUGCAAGGCGUAAAAUUUUUGGACGAAAAUACCACAACUGAACUCAUAGUACAAGAAGAUGAGCCUUACAACGAAACCCUUGCCAGCUCUAGGAGUAACUCAACAAGUAACUCGACCAGUGACUCUGUAGACCCUGUCAGUAACUUGACGAGCGAUACUAUUGGCGAACUAUUGUAUUCCAUUGACACUGUAAAAGAUGUUGGUCCGCCUAAUUCAACAUUGGAGGUUGAGGAGGGGGAUUGGUUACUUGGCAACCUGACAACGGUUGCUAUGCUGACUUAUGACUCCAAUGUCGAUGAUGUGCCCAGCCCCCCUGGUGUAGUCAUGGUAACGGACAUCAAGUCGCGGGAGUGCGUGCUCAGCUGGAAUAGUAGCCUUAGGGACAACAACAGUCCCAUCACAAACUAUAUCAUCAAGAUCAAACGUAUGACUGAUAAUGACUGGAGCAAGAGCCGUGUCCUGCUGGUUAACAGUAACACAACGAGCAUAGUUGUACGAGAGCUGACUCCCUUCACCUACUACCAGAUACACGUGAUUGCCAAGAACGCCCUCGGCAACAGCGCCCCUAGUCAACCCAGCAGUAUUUUCAUGACCACAUCUGAGGCCCCUGGACAAGCGCCACAGAACUUCAGGGCUUCAAGUCCAACAAGCAACACCAUCCAGUUGUCAUGGCAACCCAUAGCAGAAGACAGCCUGAACGGGAACCCAGAGGGCUAUGUUAUACAGUACAGGAGGUUGACGGAUAUGGAAUUGCGGGCUGUCACCAUUCCAGAUCCAAAGACUAUGACUCACACACUGGACAGUCUGAUGCCUUUCACUAACUACAGUGUAUCUAUACAACUAUUCAAUGACGAGGGACAAGGGCCUAUCACCACACUGUACAUCAAAACUGCAGAGGGAGUUCCUGGCAAACCUCGCAUUACUCACGUCACGGAAAUGCAGUCAACCUCGUUCGUGGUGAACUGGGAGGCCCCGACCGUGGAUAACGGGGUGCUGAAGAACUACCAGCUCCAGUGGAUACACAACAACACGUACAAGACCCGCAUCAUCACGGGCCACCUCACCCAGCCCAUGAGGGCAGUUAUUAGUGACCUAGAGCCCUACACAGACUAUAUGCUGCGAGUGAGGGCUGAGACUGGCGGGGGAUACAGCGAGUAUAGUGACAACUACCCGGCACUUACUGACGUCAGAGGAGCGUCAGCGCCGAUGAUAGUGAACCUGACGGUGCUGUCAUCCACCUCCAUAUUCCUGCAGUGGCUGCCCCCAUCAAGGGUCUACAAGAAGGUGGACUCCUACUUCAUCCACUACCACGCCCGCGGAGAGAACGGCAUCAGCGAUGAGGUCAUAGCUGCGGCAGACGAAAACGAGCGGGUGAUCACAGACAUCCCCACAAACAGCGAGUACUCACUCAAGAUGGCCGCCAUCACUCAGAGUAUAUUCUCCACGGCAACCUACAUGGGCGAUUUUUCCCCAGAGUGGGAGUUCUCAUUGGAAGGUCCACAAGUCGAAGACCCGUCAGUGGUGGCCACAGCGGCUGCCUCCACGUCCCAGGCUGGCCUUAUUGCGGGCAUCAUCAUAGGCUUUGUGCUGGUCACCAUCACCCUCCUGGCUGUCAUCGGAUACAGGUCUCGUACGUGUAGGAAGUACACCAGGUCGCUGUAUUACAUGGCAGUGCCCACCAGCAACCACUCUCCCCAGACCAUCACCAUAGCCCCACCAGACGCUGUUGACAGCUGCCAAGUGACCUAUCCAGACAUUGCGGCGAGGGACUUUCCCAUGCAUGUCAAACAGUUGCACGCGAACUCUGACGAUGGUUUCGCACGAGAGUUUGAGGAAAUCGGAGCAAACACUCGCACCAAUCUGCUGGCGGAGAACUCAGACCUGCCAGAAAACAAAUGCAAAAACAGAUAUGUGAACAUCAGUGCUUAUGACCAUUCACGAGUGGUUCUUCAGCCUGUCCCAGGCCGCCCAAAAUCUUCAGAUUACAUCAAUGCCAACUUCAUUGACGGCUACAACAAACCGAGGGCAUACAUCGCUACUCAAGGCCCUCUUCCGAACACGUUUGCUGACUUCUGGAGAAUGAUCUGGGAACAGAACACGAUCGUCAUAGUGAUGAUAACAAACCUGGUGGAGCGGGGUCGGCCCAAGUGUGACAUGUACUGGCCUAACGAGGGGCAGGAGACCUACGGAUCAGUGGUCGUGAAGCACCUCAACACCAUCUCCCGAUCUCACUACACUGUCAGGCUGUUCUCACUCAAGUCUAACAAAAAUAAAAAGUCAAAGCAGGUGUCUGAACGUAUCGUGCACCAGUACCACUACACAGAGUGGCCAGACCACGGGGUGCCAGAGUUCACGCUGCCGGUACUCAAGUUCAUACAGAAAUCAUCGGGGGACAACCCUCCAGGGGCCGGUCCCAUAGUCAUACACUGCAGUGCGGGUGUGGGCCGUACAGGCACAUACAUACUGAUAGACUCCAUGAUUCACAAGAUCAAGGACACGCAGACAAUCAACGUACCUGCUUUCCUCUUGCACAUACGCAACCAGAGAAAGUCUCUUGUGCAAACUGAGGAGCAGUACAUACUUAUACACGAGGCCAUCGCCGAGUACAUCCUUACUGGGGGAGACACCGAGAUUAAGGAGGGCGACCUUGGCAGGCAGCUGGCAAGGUUGAAACAGCAGAUUAACGGAGAAAUCCCACUCAUUGACAUAGAAUACAUGCGGGUGACGAGUUUUGCCCCACAGGACGAUGACAGGUUUCACGGUCUGAAGAGUGUCAACCUGGCCAAGAACCGUAACAUGCAGUUCCUUCCCCUGAGCGUGAAGCGUGUCUGCCUUCCCAUGAUUCCCGGGGAAGAGGGGUCAGACUAUAUCAACGCUACCUACCUACAGGGUUACACGAAGAGCAACGAGUUCAUCAUUACCCAGCAUCCCCUCCUGGACACGAUGGAAGACUUCUGGAGGAUGGUCUGGGACCAGAACAGCUCUGUCAUAGUGCAGCUCUCCAAUGUAGAUGAACAGGAAUUUCAGUCUUUCUGGCCGGCCAUGGGCUGUACACUAGACAUAGGAGGGAAUUUCAAGCUGACCUAUCGUGAGGACGAUGACAGACGACAAUUCAAGAUCAAAGAAUUUCUUCUACAGUCCAAUCAGGAUGACUACAUUCUCAUGACACGUAUCGUCACAUGGAACUCUCCCUGGCCGGACUCCUGUGAUCCGCUGCACAGCACGUUUGACUUCAUAGACGAGCUACAGACACUGCACAAACACAACGAUAUGGGGCCAGUCAUCGUAGUGGACAGGUACGGGGGUGUUGAGGCGGCCACAUUCUGUGCCCUGUGGAGCAUCUAUGACCAGUUGCAGUACGACAAGUCUGCCAACAUCUACAUGAUGGCCAAACUCUACCACCUCAAGAGGGCAGGCUGCAUGGGCAACAAGGAGAACUACCUAUUCCUGUACGAGGCAGCUGCAAGCCUCAGUGACAAGUGGAAGGAAAAGGAACAGUCUUCUCCGGGCUCUAUACGGCUGCAUCUCGGAUCGAAGAAAAAUGGCGCCCCGACACGCAUCGGCACUUUAAAUAACAAAGUGGAAAAUAACAAAGUGGAAACAGAUGUGUGACAGGUUUUUGUGUAGGAACAGAAAAUGGUGCAAUUUGUAUUUGCUCUGAAAAUGUCAAAUAUAUGUCUCCUACGCCACUUGCUGAACAUGGAAGCUGUUAAUAUGUGGAUAUAUUGAUGACUAUUUAAUUAUUCUUUAUAAUAACUUGGUACAGAACAUGUUUCCACUUUUAAGAGAAAAUUUCUCUUAAUGAAGAGUAUUUUCAACAAAUUUUUGGUAUUUAACAACAUUCAUUUGUUCAGACUCAUACUCGAGUUAUUAAUUAAUCUUCAACAAUGCAUCUUUUAUUUGCACAUUGUCAUAAUGAAUAUACAAAUCCUGCUUUGUACUAAACACCAAUUCAUAAACAUUCUAAGUCAAUUAUGUUUUUCAAUGUUAUUUUUAUUACUAACAAAUGUGUUAAAUUUAAGGGAUAUUUUAUUUAACCGAAUGUAAAAUUAAGCCACAUAUUUUUGUUUCAGGUGUGUUUUUUAAGACUUGUGAAUUUUGUUUCAUUGCCAUCAAUGUGUUGAUCUGACUGAUUAGCUGUUUCUAAAUGUUGAAUGGCUAUAACAUAUUGUCAAUUGAAAACACCAGUUGUAUUUAGCCCAUUUAUUUGACUGAAAAUCAGUUGUACAUUUCCCAAUGAGCAUCAGGAAUGCCGUACUUUGCAGAUAGCUUGUAUAUUUGACCCGAAAGUGUAGAGCAGAAAAUUGAUAUUACAGGAUAUGUGUUUUAGUUGAAGCUUGGAACGUAUUAGUUUAUAAAUGUAUAUAUUUUUUUAUUUUGUAAUACUUAUCACAUUACAACAUCCUUAUUAUUGACUUUGUUUGAAUUAAGCUUUAUUUAAGAACUAUCAAAGGGUUAAAGGCAUUUACAGAACUAUUAAACACGCUUUUAAUACUUCUGUAUUGCUUUUACAUGUAUACUUACAUGUAUUUGUUAGAAAUUAUCACCACUUUAAAUACUCUUGCAAUGUGAAGUAGCCUUGUUGUGGAAAAACUGGGUUUAAAGUGUUAGCCUGUUCAGUCUGCGCAGGCUAGUCUGGGACAGUGCUUACAGCUUUCAUGGUAUUUUCAGUUUAAACAAAGUCAAAUCGUAGCGAAAAUCCAUUUUA